AUGGAUCCGGCACUCCCACGAUUUAUGACCCGUAUGAUUCUAUCGACGACGCCGCAGCAAGCCUUUGCACAGGUAGAUGAACUUCACCUGCAGGCCGCAGCCCUUCGAGAACAAGCCCGCGAACUCCAAGAGCAAAUCGACUUCCUCAAAGAUCGAGCCGACUGUCUAGCCACAACGGCGGAGGGUCUUCAAGAAAUUGCCGAGCAAGAUCGUGACGCCAUACAGACCAUGUUCGAACGAUCUCUCUGCAUUUACCAGCACAUGUACACGGUCUACGUCUCGGCUCCCCGCAGGGAAGCACGUUUCAAUGACAUCAAAACGCGCUCGGAAGACGGGAUGGUGACCAUGGAAGAGAUGGAAGAAUUCCUGGAAGAUGUAUACCAGCACUUCCUCGUCACGUUCGAGAGAGUGGAGAGAUCAGCCGCACCCGAGCCCGAAAGUCCACCAACUCUGAAUACACUCUCCUCCGCAGCACAAGCUCAAAACCAGUCGGAAACGGAGGUACCCAUCAAGCAAGGGUUGAAGCGAAAGUUUUCCACCUUUCAAGAAGAUGAGAAUGGCAUAGAUGCAGACUCGGAACGAGCCAACAAGGGCAAUGAUGCUGUCGAGUCAAGUGAUGAAGCUUCCUCAGACGAAGACUGUCAAGAUGAAUCGACCAACAACGUUGAAACAAAUGAGGAGAGCAGCUGUGAAGGCACAGAAGACGUGGAAGAAAGCCCAGGCGAAGAAUCGGGGUCAGCAAGCGGCGAGGAUAGUGACAAUGAAUGCGAUGAUUCCGAAGUGGUCGGUUCAUCUGAUGGCGAGACAGAAUCAGAUUCCUCAAAAUGA